AAUAACUUAUAGUAAGGAUAAUAAAAUGUCUAAGCAUCAAUCCGAUGCUACAAACAUUGUUAAGCACCCAACAGAUAUGGAUAAACUAGACAUGCUAAAAAGUCAACACGCUCGUCACGUAAAUCAUUUAAACACACUAAAGAUGCAAAUUGCUGCACUUCGUAUUGAGACCGAUCAUUUGGAGCAAUAUCAAAAAAAAUUCCAAGAGCAGAUUUUAGCCAAAAGACAAUUUCAAAAAGAUCUAAAGUCUUUACUCUUAGAAUCUUCUAAGAAGGCGCUUAAUGAACCAAAUUUGCAGUCAUUUCCACGAAAAUUCCUAACACAUAUUUUUGCUGUGUUCAUUGGUGAUCAUAAAUUUAUGAAAAGCUGUUUUCAAGCUGAUAACCUUUUCGAGAUGGAAGUACAGGAAUUAUUUAUGAAGGAAUAUCAAUCACAGAAACAUAACCACAAAGCAAAAAUUGACCAAAAGCUGGAACGCACGCGAAAGCAUCUUGCGGAAAAAUAUGAAGCCAAGUUGGAUGACCUGGAAGAAAAACAUAAAUCCAAUUUGGUGAUCUUAAAGCAGAAAUGUUACGAAUUGCUUCAACAGUUCUUAGUAAAUAACUGCAAGGAUGAGAAUCAUAUACCAUACUUGAACGAGCUGAAAGCUUUGUAUUUGCAAAAAACUCAGCACCUAUAAUUUUUUGUUAUUUUAUAUUUUUUAUGUUUAUUAAAUGCAUUUCAAUCUUUA